CUCGAACACAAAAAUUCUCAAAUCAAAUAUGUCAACACAAAACUACAACUUCACCACUGCAAUUGUGACUGGAGGUGGUGGAGGAAUCGGGAAAGCCCUCGCAGCGCAGCUUAUCAAAGAUGGGAAAACGGUCAUUAUAGUUGGCCGUACUGAAUCGAAUCUCAAGACCACCGCAAAAGAAAUCGGGGCGGCUGCCUACUAUGUCCUGGAUACUGGCAAUGUUUCCUCGAUUCCCACAUUUGUCGAACGCAUUGUGUCAGAGCAUCCGGAGGUCGAUUGUCUGAUCAACAAUGCCGGGGUUCAAAGGCCGCUCUACGUGAACAAGGACGACCCCGCCGAGUUCUUAAGCAAAGCGGAUCAGGAAAUUGACAUCAAUAUUCGAGGGCCAAUGCACCUAGCAUUGGGCCUUCUGAAGCACUUCAAAUCAAAACCCAACUCACUCAUCGUCAACGUUUCUUCUAUCCUUGGAUUUAUCCCGUUUUCGGUGAUCAACCCGGUAUAUAAUGGAACAAAAGCCUGGCUGCAUUUUUGGACCAUGAACCUGCGCAAGCAGCUGGAAGACACCAACGUCAAAGUCAUCGAGCUGGCUCCACCUCAAGUCGAGACGGACUUGCACCGAGAGAGAGAAGACCCAGAUGACAACAAAAAACACAAGAGUCCUAGCGCACUUUCGGUUGAUGAGUUCGUGGAUGAAGUCAUGGGGAAGUGGAAGAAAGGAGAUGUGACAAUCACUGCGGGUCCAGGUAAUAAAAUGAUAGACUCCUGGGAGGAAAGCAUGGGCAGCGUAUAUAGGAAAAUGGUCGGAUGA